UCGGAGCUGCGGGGAAAACCAGCGGCGGCAGGUACACACCGGGUUAAGUGCACGGAGGGGGCCCUGCUGGGCGGAAGCAGCAGGAGCAGGUGGGCGGUGUCAUCCAGCAGAUCAUCUGAGAUCAGAGAGACGACUCACCGCUGCCAACGCCGCCGCUCCUCCCUCCUGUCAAGUCUCUCCAGCCGCUGCGGGGUUUUAUUCAGAAAACCUGGUUUAGUUUCAGAGGAUCUCUGGAAGAAUGAGUGCCUACACUGUGUCGCUGCCUGGCCCUGGCCCCUGGGGCUUCAGACUGCAGGGGGGGAAGGACUUCAACAUGCCGCUGACCAUCUCAAGGAUCACUCCGGGCAGCAAGGCGGCACAGGGCAACCUGAUCCAGGGGGACGUCAUCGUGGCCAUCGACGGCGUCAGCACUGAGGGGAUGACUCACCUAGAGGCUCAGAACAAGAUCAAGAUGGCCAACUACAACCUGGCACUUACCAUGGCCAAGUCGAAGCGCCCUGUUGCCAUGCCGAUGCCGAGAAUAGAUGCCGCGAUUCCCAUGAUCCCUCACCAGCAGGUUUUCUCCCCCGCUGCUCCCAACACUGGCUUCAAUCCCGGCGUGCUUGACUCCGCCCUCUCCACCCACAAGCCCAUCGAAGUGACGGGUCCCGGCGGUAAGGCCACCAUUAUCCACGCUCAGUACAACACGCCCAUCAGCAUGUACUCGCAGGACGCCAUCAUGGACGCCAUCGCAGGGCAGACACAGGCCAAAGGGCAUGACGCUGGUAGUCUUCCAGUUAAAGAUCCCCUCGAAUACAGCUCCUCCCCGGUUUAUCAGGCUGUCCAGAGUGCAGAGAAGGACCUGGAGAGCUGGACCAGAGUCUCCAACGUAAAGUCCAAGUCCUUCAAGGUCCUGGCCCACAUGACGGGAACCGAGUCUGUACCAGAGGAGGAGGAUGGGGCGGCGCUGAGGAGCAGCAGCCUGAAGCGACAGUCGGCGGCUGCUUUCAGCCUCCAGCACCGAGCUGCUGUUCCCAGUUACGGUCCACCUCCUGCGAUGCAUCAGGCUCCACAAGCCCCGCCCCCUCAGCAGUACCAGCCAAUCCCGCAGCAGUACCAGCAGUCGCCUAUGCAGGCUCCGCCAACCCAGCAGAGCUCAAUCCAGAUACCUGUUGGCCCCGCCCCCCCGAAGGUGGUGAGCACCGCCUGCAUCUACCCCUCCCAGCCAGCUCCAGCUCCAGCUCCGGGUCCCCCCCAGCCACGUCCUCCAGCUGCUGUCCCGGCUCCUCCUCCAGCGGCCCCUGACUCCUCCAACAGACCUCCCUGGGUGACCGACACCAACUUCGCCGAUAAGUUUGACCCCGGUAAGAUGACCACCUCCGUGAAGGUGCAGCCACUGCCUCAGGCCGCUCCUCCUCCUCCAGCCUACAUCCCCAACCCCUCACCUGCCGGGCCUCCAGCUCCAAGCCCCGCCUCCAUCACCCCCAGCCCCGCCCCCUUCCCACCUGUAGCGAGAGGCGUGGCUCAGCGGGCUGAGAGGUUUGCUGCCAGCAGCCGUACGCCGCUGUGUGGAGCCUGCAACAGCAUCAUCAGGGGCCCCUUCCUGGUGGCCCUUGGUCGGUCCUGGCACCCCGAGGAGUUUAACUGCCACUACUGCCACAUGUCACUGGCCGACGUCAGCUUCGUAGAGGAACAGAACAACGUCUACUGUGAGAACUGCUACGAGGAAUUCUUUGCUCCAACUUGUGCUCGUUGCAACACCAAGAUCAUGGGGGAAGUGAUGCACGCCCUGCGGCAGACGUGGCACACUUCCUGCUUCGUGUGUGCAGCCUGCGGUAAAGCCUUCGGAAACAGCCUCUUCCACAUGGAGGACGGAGAACCGUACUGUGAGAAAGAUUACGUUGCACUGUUCAGCACCAAGUGUCACGGCUGCGACUUCCCUGUGGAGGCUGGAGAUAAAUUCAUCGAGGCUCUGGGUCACACCUGGCACGACACCUGCUUCGUCUGCGCGGUUUGCCACAUCAACCUGGAGGGUCAACCUUUCUACUCAAAGAAAGACAAACCUCUGUGCAAGAAGCACGCCCACGCCAUCAACGUGUAGAAGCCAGCUGGCUGACGAUCCCACCGUGAAACCACGAAUGCCAGCCGACGACUUUUACAGAUGUGUGUAAACGCUCUUUAUGCAAAUGCACGUUUUUUUGGGUGCAUUAACGUUAAUGUUUAAAUCGACGCUGCCUGAUGAUUCUGCUUCAUAAGAGGAACUUCUGUCGCCCAUCAAACUCGUUUUAUUACGUACUGUAGAUUUUUUUCUUACGUUUUCUACCAGAAACUGUUUGUGUGUCGAUGCCGUUCAUAUCAUACGGUUGUACGGAGUUUGAAGAGUGCCAAGAUAAAUAACUCUAGAUUUUUUGAAAUAGUUCAAUUAUGAUCAACUAUUAAACUACUAAAUACUAAAGCAAGAGUUAAACUGACUCAAAAUUAAAUCUAAUGUUGCUUUUUUUCCCUGUUUAUUAUAUAUUUUAGAGGGAUAGUGCACAAUUAGAAGGAAUUGCGCCAAAGUUAGCUAGCAGCUAAUUUACUGUUGUCACAGCUGGUUUUAAACACUGCAAAGCUUUCUAAUGUUAAAUAUUUUACUCAUUUGUUUAAUUUAUGUAAGAGUGUCACCUAACACAUAACGUAUUUAAACAGUAAAAUAUUAAAUUAAUUUGUUAAAAAAGAAGCACAUUUGUGAUCUUUUUAACAUUAAAAUGUGUAUUUAUUUCUACAAGUACCCUUAAUAUGUAAUUUCAGUUUCAAUUUAUGUGAUUUUUGUAAUGUCUCAAGUUAAAUUUUAAAUGACUUUCUUUCUAAACGUUUUUUAAAAAUGUAAAAAUUUCCACACUGGUUAUAAUUAAAUGCUGAAAAUGUUUUUCCGGUGGCACGCUUCAGACUCCGUAUAUUUGAACUGCACAGCUCAUAUUGUUUUCAUUGUAUCUCGGACUUGUCUUGGUAAUGUGCCUAUUUUGACUUAUUUAGGUCAUUUGAGCGCUACCUUCUUAUUUUUAUUUCACUUUAAGUUUGAAAUAGUGUUUUAUCAAAGUUUGGUGUAAAAUUAUGCCAUAGAAGCUCAAAGGUUUAUUAACAGCAGCUGACUGAACAGUGAAGCUUUUCCUUUUUUAUGUAAAAUGCCUAAAUUUGGUUUGUUUGAUGGUCUGUCAGUGAAUGUAACACAGGAAACGUGGCUAGGUGACACUUUUCUCUGGUCACGUUCCAGCAGGUUAAAUCUGAAAAACAAGUCCAAGUGCACAACGACUCUGAGUCAGUUAAAAUAACACGCAAAAUAGCAGUAAUGAGACACAAAAGUGACACAGAGAGCAAUCAAAUUGACUACAAAGAGACACAAACAUGUAGAAAAACACGCAAAACAGGUACGAAGAGAUACAAAAUGAUGACAAAGACACACAGCGCAUAUACUUGCAAAAUUACCUCAAAGACACUAAAAGACUACAAACAUACACAAAAGGAAACAUGAAGAGAUGUAAAAUAGCCACAAAGACACAAAAUGUCUACAAAGCAACACAAAAGCAAGUAUGAAAAGAUGUAAAAUGACUAAAUAGACACAAACAGCUACAAAAACACACACAGAAAGACUUUUAAGAAGCAUAAACAACCACAAAUAGAAACACAUUAACUACAAAGAAGCAAAAAAAAAACAGCUGAGACAAAAAAUGAUGACAGUUGAACAAAAUGCUACUUAAAGAGACACAAAAUGACUGCAGUUAGACAUGAGACAACAACAUAGUGAGACAAAAAGACAGUAGACCAACACAAAAGCAACUAUGAAAAGAUGCAAAAUGACUAAAAAGACACAACACAGCUACAAAGACACACACAAAAUGACUAGAGUAGAACAAAAAUAACAACACACACGACCACAAAGAGACACAAAAAUGACAUUAAAUGAUCCAAAUUAACCUCAAAGAAACACAAAAAGGCAUCAAAGAGAGACAUAGACAUGCAAAGUGACUGCAGUGAAACAACAAAGACGCACAAAAUGACCACAAAGAGACACAAAAUGACUGCAGUUAGACAUAAAACAACAACAAAGUGAGACAAAAAGACUGUAAACCAACACAAAAGCAACUGUGAGGCAAAAUGAGUAAAAUGACAGAAAAGCUACAAAGACACACACAAAAAGACUACAGUAAAACAAAAAAAGACAACAAAGAGACACAAAAUGACCACAAAGAGACACAAAAUGACCACAGAGACACAAACAGUCGAUAAAGGGAUAAAUAAUGACCUCAAGCCACACAAAACAAGUGUACAAACAUGCAAAAUGGCCACAAAGACACACAAAACAAGUAGAAAGACAUGAAACAUAACCACAAAGAGACACAAAAUGACCACAAAGAAACACAAAAUGACCACAAAGAAGCACAAAACAACAACAUGACACCCAAAACAAGUAUACAAACAUCUAAAAUAACCACAAAGACACACAGCACUACCACUAGUCUGGACUAGUUCCUCUGGGCAGCGUGUCGGUGCUUUUGGUUUGUUUUUGAACCUGCUCAGGUGAUGAUGUUGGAGUGAAUCUAUUAAUUUGACUUCUUGUCACGACGCAGCCAAUAACCUCCAGUUUCAUAUUUAUUGAUGAUUGAACUGUGUGAUAUUUAUUGAGGAGCUAAUAUAUCGUCACCGCUGUGUCCAGCGCUUCUCAGAUUAUUAUUGUUUAGUUGAUGAAUUGUUUGGCAUCACAAGAUGUAUUUUCUUUGUUUUUUCUUUUUUUUUUAUAACGACACUGUAAAUGUCCUGAAGUGUAACAGCCUCAAUGUUUAUUUUUCACCACUAAGGCAAAUAUUGGCUCUUUUCACAUGACGCAACGACUCUAUUCACACUGAAUUUAGUUCGGAAAAAAUGCUAGAACCUUUUAUGUGCAGAGAAACGAGCGAGUUUUUCAAUCAUUUAGCAGCCCACAGUGGCCAUUAGAGGAACUACAACUAAAGAAACUGCAAUGUUUGAUUCAGAAAAUUCUGUUUUCCACCUGAACCGUGAGGAUUUGGCCGCAAUUCUGGGGGAAAAAAGCAACAAGCAUUUUUAUUUAUGUAGAGAAAUUGUUGGGUUUUUUUUCCAGUUAAUUUCUGUUUUAGCUGCAUCUGGUGGCCAUUAGAGGAACUGCAACUAAACAAAGGGCAAUUUUUGAUUAAGAACAAUCUAUUCUCCAGAUGAACCUUAAGCAACAAAGAUUUCCAUUUGUGUAGAUAAGUUGUUGGUUUUUCCAACUGAUUUCGGUAGAAGUUUGUGUUUUAGUAGCAUCUGGUCAUUCAUGGAACUGCUAUUAAACAAAUUUCAGUAUUUGUUUAAAAAAAUCUAUUUUUCAGGUGAACUUUUAGAAUUUGGGCACACAUUUGGGGAAAAAGAGCAGCACAAAUUUUUAUUUAUGUAGAGAAUUUGUUACUUUUUCCAAUUCAUUUCAAUACAGGCAGUGUAUUUAGCAACCCCUGGUGGUCAUUACAGUAACUGCAACUAGACAAGCUGCAGCUUUUCCUUUAAAAAAUAUUUAUAUUUUUCAGAUGAACUGGAAUGACUUUGGUGCAAAUUUUGAAAAAAAGUAUGGAUUUUAAAUAUAUUUUUUAAACGUUUGUGUUUUUAAACAAGCAAUAUGUUUUAGCAGCCUCUGGUUGUCAUUAGAGGAACUACAGCCAGCGAUUAACAAUUCUGUAUUUUUAAGAUGAACUUGAAGGACAUUAUUCCAAGACACCAUAGAUUUUUAUAUUUACAGACAGAAUUGGCUGGUUUUCCAAUCAACUCUGAUACUUACAGUGUGUUUUUAGCAGCCUCUGGAGACCAUUAAGGGAACUGCAACUAAAUAACCUGUAAGUUUUGAUUUAAAAUAUUAUACUUUCAUAUGAACUUGAUCAAGUUUGGCACAGUUUUGGGCAAAAAAGCUAAAAGGAUUUUUAUUUCUAAAGAGAAAAUGGUGAUUUUCCAAUUACUAAACAAACUGCUGCCUUUACUUUAAAAAAAAUCUGUAUUUGUCAAAUGAACUUGCAUUACUAUCGAAAUGCAAUAUUGACUUUCAUUUCUGUUCAAAAAUUGGUAGUUUUCCAAUUCAUUUUAAUACAUGUUCAUGUUUGAGGGACUACAACUAAGCAAACUGUAGCUUUCGGUUUUAAAAAUGUGAUAUUUUUUCGGACGAAUUUGAAUUACUUUGGUGUAAGUUUAAAGAAAAGACAAUAUUAUGUUUAAUUUUUUUCCGAAAAUUGGUAGUUUACCGCUUCAUUUCAAUGCAAGCAGAGUGUCUUUAGCAACAUCUAGUGGCCAUUGGAGGAACUACAACUAAGCAAACUAACUUUUGGUUUUAAAAAUGUGGCAUUUUUUUCGGAAGAAUUUUAAGUACUUUGGGGUAAGUUUAAAGAAAAGACAAUAUUGACUUGAUUUAUGUGCGAAAAUUAGUAGUUUUCCAAUUAAUUUCAAUACAGGCUGCUUGUUUUUAGCCAUUAGUGGAACUGCAACUACACAAGUUGUCAGGAAGCACAUUUUCCGAUGUUUUGCAGUGUGAACAGAGCCUAAAAUACACUGAACAGAUGAUUUAUCACAGACGGACUUUUGGUUUUAAACAGUUAAUGUUUUUCAGAUGAACUUUGACUUGAAGUUUUGUUUUUUUGUGAGGAAAUUUAAAAUGUUCAGGCGCGUCUCCAACGUUGAAUCAUGCCUUGUUGGACGCCUCCCGGUGAUCUGUUGGUGUCUGAACUUCAUCUCAUCUUGGUCCGACCAGCACACUGUGUGCUGGUGUACAGUUUUUACUCUGAAUUGUACUUUUAUACGGUUUGUGUGUUUCUCAGAGCGUGAAUGUGUGCAUGCAGAAGAGUUUGUCGCAGCAUGUCAGUAUUAGUUUGUGUUUGUGUCACUGCGUCAUGACAGCAGAGAAGCAUUAACCCCGCUGUUGUUUAAUACUAGAGUGUUUGAACUGGUUUUAGUGUCACUGAGGAGCAGCAGGACGGGUGGAGAGAAGCUGAAGUCACAUUAAAACUCUGCUUUACUACAUUUGUUUAACAGGUUUUGAACAUUUGAAGAUUAUUUGUGUUGCAGGUUGAAUAAAAUGAGCACUGAAACACUUGAAAACAA